AUGAGUAAAAUAAAACUUACAGCAUCACAAUCACGUAUUCUUUGCACCAGAUUUACUUGGUCUGCGCGGAUACAAACAUUGAAAAGCGUCGAUUUUCUUAAAGCUUUUCAAGGCAUCGAUUAUAUUUGGACAAACAAUUCACCUGUCUCACUUCGUUCAAUGCCCGGGUAUACAUUUGGUCCGACAUCAGUUGACUGUUUGUCAUUAAUCGACGAUAAUGAAGAUCGUAUUGAUAUUGUUGCUGAAGAAGCUUUAGAACAACAGCGUACUCAAAUUACAUCAACUCAAACGAAACAAUUAACAUUAAUCAAUAUGUGGAAAAAUAAAAAAUAA